UCACGAAGAAGGAAACAAUGAAGUUCAACGUGUGUUUCUUGCUUCUAUGGGUGAGUGUCACUCUGAUCCACGCUGGACCAACGCACAAGACCAUUGAGAAGAAAUCGCUAGCAGAGGAUGCCAAGGUAGAGGCCAUUAAGGAAGACCUGAAAAUUGAAGAAACUGGUGAACAAAAGGAUAGAUCAAAGAAAGCUGCAGUCUGUCUUCAAAUAGACCCUGCAUCUCCACAGGUUGCUUUAAAUGAGAACUUUGUUCAAAAUGUUCCAUUUAUGGUACAGGCUCAAUUAGUUCCUCAACAAGUCCAAACCUUAAACUUUGUUCAACCUGUCCCACAAAGUUUACCUCAGGCGAAUAUAGUCGUUCCUCAACAAAUGAUCCAAACAGCUUCUCAAUCUUUAUCUCAAGCCAAUAUAGUUCUUCCUCAACAAAUGCUCCAACCAGUUCAUAACGUGCAAAUUGUUCAACCUUCUUCCGAACCGCAUUCCGCAAACCAGAUCGUUCAACCGCUUGAAGAAACAGUUCCACAACCGGAGCCAACUCCAUCACCUAAAAUGGAAAUUGAAAGUGUUACACCAAAUCAUAUGAAUAUUGAAAAACCUCCACAAUCUUUGCCAGCACGUCAAGAAGCUUUAACUGUGAUGCCAGUUGUCCCUAGAUAUCAAGAGCUGAUGUUCAUCUCUGAACCUGAACAUGCUACUUUCGUUCAAGUUCCUUCACUCUCAGCUUGUAAUCAUUUCCAUAAUCCACUAAACAAAUGUACUUGUCAAAACAUUGAACCAAUGGCUAUGAAUAUGAUGCCUUUUGUGUCCUAUCCAUCACCGUAUGAUGCUAGAUCAUCCUUAAUGAUGCCUCAUAUUCAUACAAGCGAUGUAAAACCAGGACCACAAGGGAAAACAAAAUCUCUUAUCAAUAUGAAUAUUCCAUCUUAUAGUCACAGACCUCAUUAUCAUCCAACUUUGAGAGGAAUGCAUUAUUUACAUCCAGAAACUUCUCUGAGGAAUAAAUACAACCUUCUUGGCAGUCCAAUUAUUCCUGAAGCGCAUGACUUGGCACAAACCAAUAAGUCGCCUCGUGAGACCGAUUCCAGUCAAUUGUCACCAGAAAAAGAAGCUGAGACCACACAGGUAGAAGGUAAGGCAACAUUGAUUGAUGGUCGACGCAAUGCGAGAAGCAAUAAAGAAGAAAUAAAGGAACAGGAGAAGCAAAUAAUCAAAGCC